CUCCUUCAUCAUAACUUCCACUCAGCACUGACAAUACCUAUUUGACACGCCUUCUGCUCAUCGUGCAGCUUCGAUAACGCGCCACAUUCUCAGCUGUAUCUCGACCAUACAAAUGGCUACUCCCUCAAAGGACUCCGGUCUCGACAAUACUACCGCCAUCGAACGUAAAGAGCAUCUGUCGCACGACAAGCAACCGAUCGCUCCACCCCGUCUUCGGUUCACGACUGUAUACGAUUACAGCAACACUGGCGUGGUCGUCAAGACAUUUCACGAUGAAGCCGGUCCUGAAGUGAUCGAUCGGCCACUGCAAAGGCGACAAUCCCCCGAGCUGCAAGUAGGCCUUCUGGACUUAUUGAGAGAGAGAGAACAGCACAUCAAUGCAGAAUUUAGCAAAAGGCUUCUUAAAGACAUGAAGGAUUUGCCCAGCAAACAUGGCAUUGAGAAUGCGACUUCCUCAGGGCAAGAGACCAAGCUAUUUGCGAGUUCGAAGCCGCAGACUAUGGCUCAUGUUCAUGUCGAUGGACAAUCGCUGGGAGAAGCCACCGAAUUAGAAAGUCGGUCUCAAGAGACAACCUCGACGGCUGCUAAUUGCAAAGACAUUGCUGUGGUCGGCGUGCGGGCAGACGUGCCAGGCGUGCCCCGCGCUGGAGCAAUCGCGAAGCCGUUUUCCUGAAUCAAAGAUCCGAGUGUCUUUCCUCGCGUCUUCAUCACAGCUUUACUCCCUGCCCCUCAAUCUCUCCAUCCAUACAGCACUACCUUUCGAGUAACAAGCGACCGCGAUUGAAACAGGCGAAUGAGAGGGCGUAGAGCGCAACAUGACGAAUGGAAGAGAGGGGGGUUCGGAAAGAUUUAAUGGUGCCAGUAAGGACCUCGGACUCAAUCAUCUUUGUAUGUUGCAAUGCAAUCCGAUGCUUUGAAUAAUGCGAGAUC